UUUUCAUCUUGACAAAUUGGUGAUGAUGAUGUUGAUGUGCAAAGGGGUAUGGCCAAGCAGCUCAUCCAUUGUUCUGUUGCAGCCACCAAAUGGACACAAAUCCUUCAAAACCCAAGCUAGCUUUUCUAGCUACCCUCUCGCCAGCAAAGUUAUGGUUAGAAAUCUAUCAUACUCCACUGAUGAAAGUUGUCUGGACAAAAUAUUUUCAAAUUUUGGUCAGGUUGCUGAAGUUAAGAUUGUCAAGGAUGAAGUGACCAAGAGAUCAAAAGGAUAUGCUUUUAUUCAGUACACUUCUCAAGAAAAUGCCAUGCUUGCUCUUGAUAGCAUGGAUCACAAGUACCUCGAUGGCAGGGUUAUUUCUGUGGAACUUGCAAAGCCUACAAAGAAAGACUUUGGCAGAUAUCCGAAAAGUUGUGGACCACCUGUGGAAAGAUUAGCAUCUGAAAACGAAGUUCCAGACCUAAAAGAAAACUGCUAAGGUCACUCCUACAGGCAACAGAACUAGUUUACUUGUUCUGUCAUUGCACCCUGUGUUUUGCAUGUAAGCCCACAUAUAUAUUGUGUUUGUUCUCUGAGGCAUGGCGCGUUGCAUGUCAGUCCAGGUCAAUUACUGCAUACUAGAAGAGGCUAAGUGUACUUCCAGCCAUCUUACAAAACUUGUACCUAGAAUCAUGUAUAUUAAAUCGCAAGACUUGUGCUUUGUCAACUUGAUGUAACUAGUUUGAUGGUCAGGUUCUGCUAGUAUAUAUGUAUUUUGAGUUUUUACGCGGUGAAAAUGGACUAUCAUGAUGUACUUUAGGCUGCUGCCAAGGGUCUGGAAGUUGCCCUGGAAAUAAAGGAUUCAAAAAUUA